UUUCCUUCCGUCUCUCAUUUGAUCUCCUUCAUGUUCCCCAUCUGUCCACCAUCUCCAUCAAAAUCGCACAAAAUUAUUUCUCAAGAAACUAGAAGCAACCACAAUCGCGGAUCUUGAAAUGGUGAAGAGAAUCCAAAACCCUCUCCCUCCAAGGCACUUAUUCCUCUUCCGAGACUCUCUCCGAGGCAGCAUCCAUUCUAUCGUCUUCCUCUUCCAAAUGGUGAGACCAGAUCUGGUCGCACCUUCUUCGCCACAACUUCCCAUUAUUCUUCGCCGAGACAGAGGGCAGGGGAGGGGAUUCUUUGCCCUGACUAUGGCUUUCAAAGGUGGACGAGAUAAGGGGAGGCACACACCAAAGUUUAAGUCACGGCAAAACCGUCGUCAGUGAUAGCGAGAUCCGUCACCCAUAGCCGAAUCUAAUCUUCUCUGUGUCGAAACUAAUGAGAAUUGCUCCAAGGAAUCCACGCCGACCACCAUCACCUGCACGAACCCCACCUAUCCGCCUUUAGCAGGAGAGCAACAACAAUCUCAGUCCAACCAUGGGCGGAUUCAUUGGGAGUUUGUUGAAUGGCUUCAAUCCUUCGCAUUCAGCAGCUCGUUUGGCCGAAAAUGAGGGGUCGGGACUGCAAAGAAUUAAAUUACCACAACUACUGAGUUCUUAUACGCCCAUGUGUUCGAAACUGGUGGGAGAUAGCAUCAAGUGCUAGGGCUAGAAGUAUGGGGAGUGAGGAGAAGAAGUCUGCUGCGAAGAAGAGGUUGAAGGCGGUCGAGUUUGUGGUGGAUUCUGAUGAUGAUGAGUCAAUUGGGAGUUUAAUUGGGAGUUUGUUGAAGACCCACGAAGCAAUGGGCCGCACCAACCGCGUGGACCACCCAGGCCUGCCCCCCGCCGUCGGAUCCGAGGGUGGAGUAGAGCCCUAUGUGGCCUUGAGGACCAAGGAGUAGAUGUUGAACGUGUAGGACACUCCGGCGAUGCAUUGGAUCCAUAUCCCGACCACCGUCACCGCCCAUUUCGUUCUCAGGAUCUCCAUUUUCGAUCCCCAAUUUUCAGUUUCGCUUGCAGAAGGGUAAACCAGUUUCCGGCAGGAGAUAAGGGGAAUGUGAGAUGGGGAAGGAAAAAAACCAUUAAUUAAUUUUAAUUUUUUAUUUCAUUAAUUAAUUUAUGAUGUGUAAUAAUUAAUUAAAAUAAAAUAAUGAUGUGUCACUUUUAGCUUAUUUGGCGCUGACGUGUCUGCUGAGUUGGCAUCUAAUCAGCAAACCGUCAAAUAAGUUGACGGUGUUAAUAACACCGUUAAAGUAUCUAACGGAAAUGGCUAGAUUUGUCCAACAUAACUUAAAAGCUGGCUAUAAGUGGUAUUUCUACAAAUUUGGCUAUUAUUGACACAAACGCGAAAGUUUUAGUUAUACAAGUGGAUUUUACAAAAAAAAAAAAACGACAAACAUUACAAAAUAACAAAGCGUACAAACAUUGCAAAAUAAACCGACAAACAGUAUAAAGCAUACUAACCGUACAAAAUAUCACUAAAAAUGACAAACAAUACAAAUCGAAUCUAUACAAACAUUGCAAAAUGGGUCAGCAAACAUCACAAAUCCAAUAUUGUCGUGGGGAAAUUUCCUCCGGGUGCCGAAACUCUCUCUCUCUCUCCCUCCCCCUCUCUCCCUCCCUCCCUCCCUCCCUCCCAAUAAUUCCCAUCCCUUGCCAAAUAAUUCCCAUCAACUCACAGGGAACUAAAGUGGUUUGGGGAAACGUCCCAGUGGUUUGGGAAACAAAACGUCCCGGGAAAUUAAAGCGCCGAGGAAGAAUAAUCUCCCAGGCAAAGCUCCGGUUGCAACGACAAUGCCGGUGAAAAGCGACGGGGGAGUUUCCUGAAAAGCGUCGGGGUAGAUGACGUCGACGCCAGCAAAUCCGUCUGCUUUUAUUUUUUAAUUAGUUGAAAUAAUUAAAUUAUAUAAUUACUACAAUGCCCUUUAUUAAAUUGGAUUAAUAGGAGCCCUAGAUUUUAAUGAGGUUGAGUGGUUGAGAUUCACUUAGCCAUGUGACAAAGGGGACCCUCCUUAGUCACCUGAUCUCAGCUCUAAAACAAGGCAAAGUUGAGCAUAACAAGCCUUAUGUUCUCUUAAUUAUACUUAAUGCUGAUGCUGGAUGCAUGAUUAAUAUCCACUCGGAAUCGACAAUUUGACGUAACAGUGAAGAAGUGCUUGUUGUUGCUGCUGGCCUUGCCUAGCUGGCAACUAAAUUGCUUUUACCAAAGAAAAAGAAGGUAGCAAGGUUGUCAAGCCGCGGGGUGAUCUGGACUCGGUCGACCUAGUGGGUCAAGGGUUGAUGGGUUAUCUGUUUUAGCCUGGUAUAGUCCAGAAAUAUGGAAAGAGUCAUUAUAUUGAACUUAUUCUGAUAAAUUAUAUCAAAUCUCAUCUAACAUAUGAGUUAUAACAUAUAAUAUUCCACGAAAAUAACAUGUCGUACUUAGAUCUAACAUAUAGUGAAAAUUCACACACACUUAUAUAACAUAAAUAUUCAAAUGUUCAACUUAGAAUUCCAAAGAUUGAGUUCGGUGGAAAAAAAAUCGCAAAAUAGACGCAUUCGCAUACCAAAUUAAAAAAUGACACAAUUUGAUCUCCAACCGGUACUUUAUAGCGGUCAACCCGACGACUACGUGCAGUUCGUUUUUCUCACCCGCGGAGGAUCAAGUGGGUCAAAGGAAGUAAAGAAAGAAAAGAAAGCUCACAUGCCUCGAAGACCUUACAAAGAAAGCAACGGCGAAUACUUGUUUCUCUUGUCCCUCCCAAGUUUCCUUGUUUACCAUCUUUUUUUCAAUCCACCUCCAAGCACUACUCCCCAAUACAACCAAAUAAGAAAAGAACACUAAAAACAAUAACAUGAUAGAGAAGACAUGAGUUAGUAUCUAUGAAGACAAAACAAAAAGGCAGUGUUUGGCUUUCUUAUCCAUUCAUUCCCACCCUAAACUUCUAUCACCCCUACCCCUACGUACGAGUGGUGGAAGUGAGUGAGAUGCUAAUCAUAUGACUUGGCCAUUAUUAAUUAUUACUGCUUAUUCUAAUUCGUCAUUCUAUUUGAACCGCCGAUAAUGAAAUUAAAUGGGGCAACCUAAUUAAUCAGUAGUUAAUGUUGGAAAUUUGGUUGAACCGGACUAAUCAAGUCAAACUGGUUUUGGGUUGGACCGACCAACCAGUUUGGGAUUAGACCGACCGAACCAAUAUUCUAAUUUCGUGAAGGGACACAUCCCUUUGGUCUAGUGGCGGUUGCAUUAUUUUAUGGAUAAGGAUAACCUUAUGGAUAGAGGCAACCCUUCAUAUGGAUAAGGAUAACCUUUCAUAUGGAUAGAAGCAACCUUUCAUAUGGAUAAAGGCAACCUUUCGUAUGGAUAAAGGCAACCUUUCAUGAAACAAUGCAUGGAUUCGGCCCCUAUAAAUAUAUGGGUGGGGUGGAUGGUGCCACAGACCAUCAAACAGAUUCUUCUUCUUUCUUCCAAAAAUUUCUAAGUAUGCUUUAGAGUUCUUGAGCCUAGAACCUAAAGUGGUGAUAGUUUUAUCCUCGGGAGAAAUUUCCUGUAACCCUAGGCUUGUUGAGGGUGGAAAUAUUCUUUUCGGAAAGUGAACGUUGUUCACGACUCUAUCACAAUCCUCGUCACCCGGUCUCGGCCUAUCGUACGUAUACCCUCGUCCCUAAAAGUCCCAACAAUCGAAAAGAAUAAUUUCUGGCACGAUGGCUCGAACCGCUCUUUACAAGAAACCGGUUCCGGUCUAUGGAAUCAUGAGAAAUUUCGAUGAUGGGUAUUUCAUCGAUGGAAGUAGAAGAUGGUUUUUCUUCGUACUAGUCGCAUGGUGUAUUCCAUAUCAGGAAGGUAACUUGGAAGAGGGAUGAUUCGAAGAUGAGGAAGGAGAAUGAUUCAUAAAUUGGAGAAAUAGAAGAAUGAAAAUUGCCUUUGGGUAGGUCACAUACUCAAUGGUUAUUUGUCUAAUUCUCUAUUCGACGUUUACGAAGUGCUAGAUAAAUAUGGAUUUGUCUAGUGAUUUGAUGGUGUGGUUUUGUCUAAGGGUUUAUUUUAAACCAAGAAGACAAAAUUGUAUAUACAAUGUUUGAUGAUUCUGGUAAUAGAGUCGUUGUGUUUGUAUGUCGAUGACAUAUUUAUCUUUGGGACCAAUCAAAGAUAAAUGAUUUUGUCUAGUGGUUUAUGUUAUUUUAAACCAAAGAGACAAAAUGUUUACACAAUUUUGAUGAUUCUGGUAAUGAAGUCAUCAUACAUUUGUAUGUAUAAGAUAUGCUUAUCUUUGGAACCAAUAAAAGAUAAGUGAACUUUGAUAAAAAAAAUUGUUAUUUCAAUUCUCCAUGUAGGACAUGGGUAGGAAAAUGUGAUUCUGUGUAUUGAAUCAAGCGGAACGACAAAGAAGAGUCCUUCUCUCAAUUUUUCUGCAUGAGAAGGUACUUGCAUAAAUUCCUUAGUAGGAACUGAAGUGAGUUAAAGACCCCAAUGGAUCCUAGUAUGAAACUUAUGGUUAAUACUGGAAAUAAGUUUUACAACUGGAGUAUUCCAUGUCAAAUUGGGGGCUCGAUGUAUGCAUGAUUUACAUGAUGCUAGAUAUCUCAUAUGCGAUAGAACAAUUAAGUUGGUACGUGAUGAAUCCUAGCUCUCAUCAUUUGAAAUGAAAUGAGGCGUGUACUAGGAUAUGUCAAAGACACACUGUCUUAACUUAUAGUGGCUUUCCAUCAAUUUUGGAAGGAUUUGUUGAUGUUAGUUGGAUUUCUCAUGUUAAAGGUGAUACUUCAACAUUGAGAUGAGUCCUCUUGCUUGGGAGAGGUACCAUAUUUUGGGCCUCUAGAAAGCAAACUUGCAUCACUAAUUUCACUAUGGAAUCAAAGUUUGUGUGGUCUUGAUUUCUCUUAGAGAAGAGACAUAAUUGUUGAGAGGUUUGGUUUAUGACAUAUAUUUAUGGCCUAAACCAAUCUCACAUAUUACUAUCUUUUGUGAUAGUAAUGCUAAUUUGGCUAAGGCAUAUAGUCAAGUGAAAAUGACAAGUACGGUCAUGUGGGAGUAAGGCACGGUAAAAGCUGUGAACUGAUCAUUCAUAGUGUUGUGUCUAGACAGUAUGACCAAACUCAAAAUAAUUUGGUUGAUCAUUUGACGAAGUGGUUAACUAGUGACUUGGUGAUCAAGUCUGUAAAAGGUAUGGGUUAAAGUCCAUAUAAUUUCUGGUAAUGGGACACCCAAUUCCCCUCUAAUACAACGUUAGAGGCUAAAUUCAAUGUGGAAAGCUUAUUAUCAGAAAUUGAAGCACACAAUUUGUCAUCCCGAGGUAUGUGCUUGUUACCCUGCAUGAGAGAGGAGGAUGAAGUUUAAAACUUCUUAAUUGAAUUUUUGAAAAAGUGUAUUAUGCGGGUACACGAAUAAGAGAUUCAACCUACGUAAGCAUGAAGUGUAGCCGCUUCAAGAAACCCGGACUUUGGUUUCGUGUGCGCUUAUGAGAAGGAUUGGACACAUGGCGGAUAAUAGUGUCAAGGCACUUAGAAGUUUUGAAAACUUAAGUGUAUAUUAUCUUCGAAUAUUCAUAUGAGUCAAUGGGUUCAAUCGUUACCGACACCCUUUGUAUUCGAGUAUUCGUCAAGUGUAAUAUACUAAGGUGAAAAUUCAAUCGUCACGGCAUUUUCAUUUAGGCUUAAGUUUUGUUGGAAGAAUGUUGUGAUUUUAGUGAAUUACAAGAAUACACUAAAAUGGGGGAGGAAUGUUGGAAAUUUGGUUGAACCGGACUAACCAAGUCAAACUGGUUUUGGGUUGGACCGACCAACCGGUUUGGGAUUAGACCGACCGAACCGAUAUUCUAAUUUCGUGAAGGGACACAUCCCUUUGGCCUAGUGGCGGUUGCAUUAUUUUAUGGAUAAGGAUAACCUUAUGGAUAGAGGCAACCCUUCAUAUGGAUAAGGAUAACCUUUCAUAUGGAUAGAAGCAACCUUUCAUAUGGAUAAAGGCAAUCUUUCAUGAAACAAUGCAUGGAUUCGGCCCCUAUAAAUAUAUGGGUGGGGUGGAUGGUGCCACAGACCAUCAAACAGAUUCUUCUUCUUUCUUCCAAAAAUUUCUAAGUAUGAUUUAGAGUUCUUGAGCCUAGAACCUAAAGUGGUGAUAGUUUUAUCAUCCGGAGAAAUUUCCUGUAACCCUAGGCUUGUUGAGGGUGGAAAUAUUCUUUUCGGAAAGUGAACGUUGUUCACGACUCUAUCACAAUCCUGGUCACCCGGUCUCGGGCUAUCGUACGUAUACCCUCGUCCCUAAAAGUCCCAACAGUUAAUCACUUGUUUAUAUAAUUAGUUUAUUAAUUCUUGCUGCUACUGCGGGCUGACAAAGUUGCGUACUAAUUACCAAACGUACAGCUGAUAAUGACAUAUAUAUACAAUAUAUAGAAUAGAACAGUAACUAGCUAGCUAGCCAGGGGCGAAGGCAUAAGCAAGAAAUUCCUUUUGGUUUUCGCUAUGAAAAAUGAUAUUCUUUGUUAAUUCUAGUAUAUGUUUAGAAGUUUUGUCCCACCCCCAACCAACUUCUGAAUUUUAACUGCAUGCGUUGAUUACAAAGUUGGGGAAGAAUUCAAUCCCUUUCUUUGUUUCUUCCUCACUGGUCUUUGCCAAACUAACCUGCAACCUAGCUCUACAUUUUCUUUCUACAUAUUGGUGGAGGUCAAAUGAAUUGGAUUCAUAAAUUUGUGAAUUGAAUUGGUGGAUUAUGAGUUCAUUGAUUGGAUCAAAUGGACACAUGAAUUCUUGGACCAUACAAAAUGGGCUGGUGAAUUGGAUUCAUGGAUAUCACUGACAGCCAAACCUUAGAUCAUUACAUAGAUUUUGAAAAGUUUUUGGGUACUAAAAUGCCAUUAUGAAAAAAAUUUGGUAGCAAAACGUAAUUUUUGAAUUAUAUGUGUUUAAAAAAUAAAAUUUACGUAUCAAAAUGUAAAAUAUAAAAAGUAAAGAUAGUAAAUAUAAUUUUCCAAAUAUUCAUUAAUCCAAUCCAUCAACCCAUCAACCCAAUUGGAUUUAGAUUAAAUGAAUUUGAUUAGUUGGAUUUUUAGUUGAUGAAUUGGAUUGGUGGAUUGGAUUCAAAUUGCCACCUCUAAGUAUGUCAAGUAUGGCAAAGUCUUAGGUGAAGAUAAGAGGCUCAACUUUAAUAAAGAAGUCACGUAGUAUCCCCUUGUCGUGACGUACCAAGCCGUCAGCUAGCUGGAUGCCGACUGGUGGUUUCUCCAUCUUGCUAGUCCCAAGUGCUUCGUAAGUAUUGACUGACAUGAAAUUGGGACUGGCUCUGAUAUCAAUAACAACAUCGGGUAUAUGGAGAUUGUGAAGCUUACAAGGAAUAACAAAUCUUCCUGAAUCUGAUAAUUUAUAGAGGGCCUUGACAUUCAUGUUCUUAGGGAUGUCAUUUGUUGUGAUUUGGGGGUGUAGGAUGGGAGGUUCUUCCUUAAUAAGACGUUAUUUCAUUG